UGUCUCGGGUUCCGAGGGGAAGGCGGUCGCUGGGCGCUGUGUGAGUGUGUGAGUGAGUGUAACUGAGUGUGAGCGGCCCCGCGGCUAAAGCGGAGAAACUCUCAGCUAUAAAACAGAUUAUCAGCCGUGUGUGUGUGAGACGCUCGUCUCUGCCCGUUGUGAACUCUCCCUGAUGGGCGGCUGGUCUCGCACUGCCGUGCUGGAGCUGUACAGAGCGCUGCUCCGAGCAGGGCGCCACCUUCAGUACACCGACCGCAACUACUACCGACGCGCUGUGACCCGGGAGUUCAGGCGCUGCCAGGCCCUUAGCGCGCCGGGAGAGAAGGAGGACGCCCUGAAGAGAGGCCAGUUCUUCCUCACCAGCCGCCUGGGGGGGCUGGUCUAG